UAGAAGCUACAACGAAGUUCUCUCGGUGUGCGUUACUGAAUACUGGCUUCUUGGAAGCUGGAAAGAAACCAAAAAUAAGAAGAAUAAUAUAACCUAUCUUUCCUCGAGAGACAUACAACUCAAAUUUCUUGCCACAAAUAUUUUUAUAUAAAUUGCUUUUAUAAACGAACUUUGUUCCGAAUCGGACUAAAUAAUUGAGCCUUAGUAUUUAACAAUGUUUAAGAAAUUUGAUGAAAAGGAGAGCGUCUCAGGAGUGCAGCAACUAAAAUCUUCGGUUCAAAAAGGAAUCCGAUCAAGAUUAUUGGAACUUUAUCCUUAUUUAGAAGGUUAUGCGGAUCAGAUCAUUCCAAAAAAAGACUCAUUCAGGAUAGUGAAAUGCCAUGAUCACAUAGAAAUUAUGGUGAAUGGUUCGGGAGAAUUAUUAUUUUUCCGCCACCGAGAAGGUCCUUGGAUGCCGACAUUAAAACUUCUACAUAAAUAUCCCUUUUUUCUGCCAAAACAACAAGUUGAUAAAGGAGCAAUUCGUUUCGUCCUCAGUGGAGCAAAUAUAAUGUGCCCUGGACUAACAUCAAAAGGAGCACAAAUGACUCCUGUUCCUAAAGGAACUGUUGUUGCAGUAAUGGCUGAAGGAAAACAACAUGCUCUUGCCGUUGGAGUUGCUACGUUAUCAACAGAAGAUAUAGCCAAAGUGAAUAAAGGAGUAGGCGUGGAAAAUUGCCACUAUCUAAAUGAUGGACUUUGGCAAAUGAAGGCUGUGAAGUAAAAAACCUCUGCUACCUACAUCGGAUGAUUAAUAAAAAAAAAAUGUAUUUUAAAAUCAU